UAAACUCACAUUUUAAUUAGAAAAACAGUAAAAAAAACAACGGCUAUCUCAUUUUACCUAACAAUAACAUGUCAGUCAUUAUUAGGCAGAACAAUGGCACGGUUAACUCUUGCUUGUGAUGUAUAUAUAUAUGUAUACAUAUAUUUAUAACACACAAACUUUAAUCUAAUUUCUCAAGAGUUAAUUGAUAGACAUGGAGAGGAAAGAAGCGCAAUUUAUAUACCCUUCAAAUAACAGUCUACAAGAAUCAAGAAGUCACUUUGAAAUAAAAUCAAAGAAAACUACUGAAGAAAAUGAAAGCAAAUUAUUGAAAAUGAAUUCAAGUUUGGUUAGACAAUUUUCGCCCUCUUUAGCGCAAACAACAACCAUAACAACAACAACAACAUCAUCAAGUCAUCCAGUUGAUGCGAGUAAACAAAAUGUUUACAUGAGCGGAGUAUCCAUAUCACCAACAGCACCGGCUAAACAGGAAUUUAAAACUGAAUCAGAGGGCAAAUCAGAAAAGACAAUGUAUUUAGAAUCAUAUCAAGCAUCUCAAAGGUAUAAUAGCAAUGGAAAACGCAAACAGAGAAGAUACAGGACGACUUUUACUCAGUUCCAACUUGACGAGUUGGAAAGGGCUUUCGAUAAAACGCAUUACCCUGAUGUUUUCAUGAGAGAAGAGUUGGCUAUGAGGAUAAGUCUUACUGAAGCUAGAGUCCAGGUGUGGUUCCAAAACAGAAGAGCCAAGUGGAGAAAACGUGAAAAAAAUAUCCAAAAUUCAUUUCAUCCUAACCCGCAAAGUAACAGUAUAAACUGCGACGUCACAAGUCCAUUUCAUUCUAUCCAAUCAAACACAAAACUAACGCAGCAACGACCACCUUUAGCGGGUCACAUACCUGCUUUAUCACAUCACAGUCCGUAUCAACAAUGGACACAAUAUUACUCUCAAACAAACUCACCGUAUCCUCAAUAUCCUGAUUAUCAAACCUCAGGGCAAAUGCCUGGCUAUCCACGUCCCCCAGGGUAUCCUUACCACGCACCGCCCAAUGUGUCUCGGAUGUCAGUUUCGUCUGACGAACUGCAGACAGAGACUCCGUAUGCUGCUGGACAGUCGUCAUUCACUAAUCUAAAAACACCAGGAGGUCAAUUAAUUUACGCUUAACGACAUCGCAGUAGGAUCUCUAGAAACAGACCGAAAAUCUGCUUUUGACAUAUCACGUGGUAUGAUAUAGUGAAAGAAAUAUAAAAGUAGUAUUAAAUGACAAUAAAAAAAUGCCACUGAGAAUAUUAGUUAGUCAAAGUGAAGAUAUUACGUUCCAAAAACGUUUACUUUUAGCAACAUAUUUUUAAAAAUAAACCUUUUUUGUUGUUGUUUACGUAGCUAUAUGUGAAGUAGUUACACAUUACAACUCAUUUUUUUUAAAAAUAAAGAAAAAGAAUUAGCUGGCUUAUGGAGUAAAAUACUGUUCAUGUGGAUCUGAUGAGGGCCCAUAAUUGGAUCUUUUCGUCUAUUUGUUCGCGAGACUCCAUACUCGGCAUUGCUUUUAAAUACUAGUUGCGCAGAAUUCAUGAAAGGCUAGGGCGAUACCUAGGGCGAAAAUAAUAUAUAUCCUUCUAAUUCGGAAUAUUUAUCUUUCUUACGCAUAACAAAAUCUCUUGUGUACACUUCACAGACAAUAGUUGGAGUAUAGUUUUAUUUGUUCAGUUGUUCCUGCAUAUAUAUUGUUAAGUUUUCAGCAGGGUAUGUAUGUAAGAUAUCAUAUAGAAUGUGAAUAUAAAACGUUUUUUAUAGUUUUUAGUUUUCGUUAAUAUUGUAUCUAGUAUAUGAAAUACAUUUUUAUUUGAAGGAAAAGAUAUCUGA